UCCAUUCUUCACUACCCUUUGUUCUUUGAUCUUGCUAUUGAGCAUGGAGUUGUCAUCUGCAGCUAAUAUGAUAACUCCCAGACAAUUUAUCAGAGAUGGGGAGACAUUAAUUUCGUCCUCCCAAAACUUUGAGCUAGGCUUCUUUUCUCCAGGAAAAUCAAACUACAGGUACGUGGGGAUCUGGUACAAGAUUAGUCCUGAGAUAGUUAUGUGGGUUGCAAACAGAAAAGAUCCGAUUCCAGAUCAUCAAGGAGCUUUAAUUAUCAGCAACAACGGAAGUCUUGUACUUAUCAACCAAAAUAAGAGCAUUAUCUUGUCUUCCAACUCAUCCAGGGUGCCAGAAAAUCCAGUGGUACAACUCCUAGAUUCUGGAAACCUUGUUCUUAGGGACAGUAAUGACAGGAAUCCUGAAAGCUACAUGUGGCAGAGUUUUGAUUAUCCAUCAGACACAUUGUUAGAAGGCAUGAAGUUGGGAUGGAACUUAAAAACUAGUUUUGAGCGACAAUUGACCCCAUGGAAAAGUGAAGAUGAUCCAGCCCCAGGAGAAUCUAGCCUCAGACUUGACAUUAGUGGGGUGCCUCAACUAGUCAUUGGUACGCCAUCAAGGAAAUCAGUUCGUAGUGGACCAUGGAAUGGUCUUCAGUUCGGUGGCAUUCCCAUGAUGCACAACAAGGUCUUCAAACCAAUGUUGGUGCACAAAGAAGAUGAGUUGUAUUACGCAUAUGAGCCUUUUGACAAGACAGUUAUCACAAGAUUAAUGGUGGAUCCAACAGGUCAUAUGCAGCGUCUUGUAUGGAAUGAGAAGUUUAGGGGAUGGCGUAUUGUGUACUCUUGGCCAUAAGACAUUUGUGAUAAUUAUGCACAGUG